UCGCCAGUUUACUACUCGGGUUACUUUAAUUCGCUCAGUCUAUCGCGGAAGUUUUAACUUGCAUCAAUAAUAUUUUGUUUCUUCGUUUAUUAUUGUAGUGUUUGUUUGUUUUUUCCUAAAAUAUUAAUUUAUUAAUAAUUAAUUGAAAAUGCUGAGAAAAAAAUUAAAUGUGUCACCAUCAGAAAGUAUUGAUGAUCAUUUAAAUAAUUUAAUGUCAGAUAAAAAUAAUAUUGAAUCAAAUUUUAGUAAUGUCACGAAAGAAAAUUUGCCUGAUUGGUAUGACGAAAAAUUAUUUAAACUAGGACAAGAUUACUAUAAUAGAAAUGUAUUAUCGUUGAGUGCCGCAGCACUAUCUGGAUUAAUAACUGUUCUAACAAUACCAACAACUCUGGAUAUAUUAGUAUUCACAAAAAGAAGCGGAUGUCCUCGUACGGCUUACAAGAGAUAUUUUGAAACCGUUUUACAUAUUUAUGCAUUAUAUACUUCAGAUAUUGAUGAUCCUAAUUCAAGAUUUUGGAAGUCUUUGAACACAAUAAGAUGGAAGCACUCGACAAACAGUAAAAUAGCUGGUGAAAGAAAUGUCGGAUAUAUAACUCAGCGUGAUAUGGCAUUAACUCAAUUCGGAUUCAUUGGAUACGCGUUAUUAGAACCUCAUAAACUGGGUCUUACUAAUGAAAAAGAAAGCCGAGAGGGUUUGAAUCAUUUCUGGCGGGUCAUUGGCUAUAUGAUUGAUAUUUCUAACAAAGUCAACAUUUGUCGGGAUACCGAAGAAGAAACGACGGAACUUUGUCGGAAAUUACGGGACCAAGUGUUUACAAAAUGGAUUGCUGAUAAGUCAGAACAGUUUACUCAAAUGAUUGAUGCAUUAUUGGAAGGAUUUUGGUACAUUGAUAUCGCUUUAGAUAAAGACGCCAUGCUGUACUUUUGGCAUGACUUAAAUGGACUGACAUAUGAAAAACCGUUGAGUUUAUACAGCAAACUUAAUUAUUUGUAUCGGCAAUCCGUAAUUUUUAUUCUUGGUGUUCCAAUUAUAGGACAACUAGUAAGAACUGGUUUCAAUAAUUAUUUAAAAUUAAACUAUUGGUUUUUGGAACGUUGGCCUAUCAUGGCAUGGAUUAAAUUUGGUAAAGAAGAUAGUAAAAUAAAUUUAUAUCCGAUAACAACCUAAUUAUUUAUAAAAUAACUUAUUAAUUAAAAAAGAAAAUAAAUAAACGAUAC